GAUGAACGACCUGUUCUCGUCGAGCUCGUUCAAGAAGUAUGCGGAUUCGAGCCCGGCGACGUCGGCGGGUGGCACGGAUGCCGGCAGCGAGAGCGUGGUUAACCUGGACAAGUUCUUCGAGGAUGUGGAGGCGGUGAAGGAGGACAUGCGCGGGCUGGAAGGCAUGUACAAGGGCCUCCAGUCCACCAACGAGGAGACCAAGACGGCGCACGACGCCCGCACCGUCAAGUCCCUCCGCUCCCGCAUGGACAAGGACGUCGAGCAGGUGCUCCGCCGCGCCAAGGCCAUCAAGGGCAAGCUCGAGGAGCUCGACCGCUCCAACGCCACCUCCCGCAAGGUUCCCGGCUGCGGUCCGGGCUCCUCCACCGACCGCACCCGCACCUCCGUCGUCGCCGGCCUCGGCAAGAAGCUCAAGGACCUCAUGGACGACUUCCAGGGGCUGAGGGCGAGGAUGGCGGCGGAGUACAAGGAGACGGUGGCGCGGCGGUACUACACGGUGACGGGGGAGAAGCCGGAGGACAGCACGAUCGAGGCGCUCAUCUCGUCGGGGGAGAGCGAGUCGUUCCUGCAGAAGGCGAUCCAGGAGCAAGGGCGAGGGCAGGUGAUGGACACCAUCUCGGAGAUCCAGGAGCGGCACGACGCCGUGAAGGACAUCGAGCGCAGCCUCAUGGACCUGCACCAGGUGUUCCUGGACAUGGCGGCGCUCGUCGAGGCGCAGGGGCACCAGCUCAACGACAUCGAGAGCCACGUCGCGCACGCCAGCUCCUUCGUGCGCAGGGGCACCGUCGAGCUGGAGUCCGCGCGCGAGUACCAGAAGAGCAGCCGCAAGUGGAUGUGCAUCGCCAUCCUCGCCAGCAUCGUGCUCAUCGCCGUCCUCGUCUUGCCAGUGCUCGUCAACCUCCGAAUCUUGACGCUCCCCACCAAACGAUGAUAAUUCAGUCGGAGGCGCUCCCCUCUCGCUCUUCUUGUUUCUUCUUGUCUCCCGCUAUAUAUAUCCGUACUUCAUUUGUUUUUUUUUUUUCUUCUUGUCAAGGAUUCCGUUUUGUUUCCAGGUUUGUACCAUUAUAUUAUUUUAUCUGUUUUUUUUCUUGGUAGAAGUAGUGGUUUCCAAAAGCAUGCUUGUGUGCUGCUUGAUUGAGAAGACAUGCAUGCAUGGGACGUGUGGAGCUGUGAAUUACAGUGACUUUGUAACAGUUUGGUACGUAAUUUGAGAUCGAAAGCCAAUAGGUGUGGAUGAUCAGCUUUUCUGUUA